GUUGUGAACCAUGGCAAUGUGGAUACAAGCUCAGCAGCUCCAGGGCGAUGCUCUUCACCAGAUGCAGGCCCUGUAUGGCCAGCAUUUCCCCAUCGAGGUGCGGCACUAUUUAUCCCAGUGGAUUGAAAGCCAAGCCUGGGACUCAAUAGAUCUUGAUAAUCCACAGGAGAACAUUAAGGCCACCCAGCUCCUGGAGGGCCUGGUGCAGGAGCUUCAGAAGAAGGCAGAGCACCAGGUGGGGGAAGAUGGGUUUUUGCUGAAGAUCAAGCUGGGGCACUAUGCCACGCAGCUCCAGAACACCUAUGACCGCUGCCCCAUGGAGCUGGUCCGCUGCAUCCGGCACAUUCUGUACAAUGAACAGAGGCUGGUCCGGGAGGCCAACAAUGGGAGCUCUCCAGCUGGAAGUCUUGCUGACGCCAUGUCCCAGAAGCACCUUCAGAUCAACCAGACGUUUGAGGAGCUGCGCCUGAUCACGCAGGACACGGAGAACGAGCUGAAGAAGCUGCAGCAGACCCAGGAGUACUUCAUCAUCCAGUAUCAGGAGAGCCUGCGCAUCCAAGCUCAGUUUGCCCAGCUGGCCCAGCUGAACCCCCAGGAGCGCAUGAGCCGGGAGACAGCCCUCCAGCAGAAGCAAGUGUCCCUGGAGGCCUGGCUGCAACGAGAGGCACAGACACUGCAGCAGUACCGUGUGGAGCUGGCUGAAAAGCACCAGAAGACUCUGCAGCUGCUUCGGAAACAGCAGACCAUCAUCCUGGACGAUGAGCUGAUCCAGUGGAAGCGGCGGCAGCAGCUGGCCGGGAACGGGGGUCCCCCCGAGGGCAGCCUGGACGUCCUGCAGACCUGGUGUGAGAAGCUGGCCGAGCUCAUCUGGCAGAACCGGCAGCAGAUCCGCAGGGCCGAGCACCUCUGCCAGCAACUGCCCAUCCCAGGCCCCGUGGAGGAGAUGCUAGCCGAGGUCAAUGCCACCAUCACAGACAUCAUCUCAGCCCUGGUCACCAGCACAUUCAUCAUCGAGAAGCAACCUCCUCAGGUCCUCAAGACCCAGACCAAGUUCGCAGCCACCGUGCGCCUGCUGGUGGGUGGGAAGCUGAAUGUGCACAUGAACCCGCCGCAGGUGAAGGCAACCAUCAUCAGUGAGCAGCAGGCCAAGUCCCUGCUCAAGAACGAGAACACCCGCAAUGAUUACAGCGGCGAGAUCCUGAACAACUGCUGUGUCAUGGAGUAUCACCAGGCCACAGGCACCCUCAGCGCCCACUUCAGAAACAUGUCCCUAAAACGAAUCAAGAGGUCUGAUCGCCGCGGCGCGGAGUCGGUGACGGAGGAGAAGUUCACAAUCCUGUUUGACUCACAGUUCAGCGUCGGUGGGAAUGAGCUGGUCUUUCAAGUCAAGACCUUGUCGCUCCCCGUGGUGGUGAUUGUCCACGGCAGCCAGGACAACAAUGCCACAGCCACUGUCCUCUGGGACAACGCCUUUGCAGAGCCUGUGAGUGCAUUCCUUGGUCUGGGG